AUGGAUUAUAAUCCAUAUACGAGUGGGUAUAAUUACACUGAUCUUCUUCUGAGUCAACAAACUGUUAUUGGUUCAUCAGAAGUUCCUGCAUCUUCUUCUCAACAGAACCCAGAUUGCAACCACACAGAGAGCCCUGUAGAGCGCCGAGAACGCAGGAAAUGGACGGUCUCAGAUGACAUUUUGCUCAUCAGUGCAUGGUUAAACACGAGCAAAGACCCAAUCACGGGUAAUGAGCAAAGAGCAGGCACUUUCUGGGGAAGAAUAUCAGCCUACUUUGAGGCAAACCAUGCAGAGUUCCAACGGAGAGAGUCGUUGCACUGUAAGCACCGGUGGCAGAAGAUCAACGAAGGUGUGUGCAGGUUCUGUGGCUCGUAUGAUGCUGCAGUAAGGGCGAAGACCAGUGGGCAAAAUGAUACUGAUGUUCUGAAGAUCGCGAAUGACAUCUACUUCAAUAGAUAUAAGAAGAAGUUCAACCUUGAUCAUGCGUGGAGGGAGUUGCGCUAUGACCAGAAAUGGUGCUCUGUUUCAAGCUCUAAAGAAGUUGGAAGCUCAAAGAAGAGGAAGCUUGACGACGGUACACAAUCAGAAACAUCUCAAGCGACUGAAAGCAAGACGUCCGAGUGUCACACUCGUCCCCCGGGUGUGAAGGCAGCAAAGGCAGCUAAGGCACGUGGUAAGAAGCCUGAGGGGAAGGACCUCGAUGGGUAUCAGAAAAUGUGGUCCAUUAGGAAGGAGGACAUGGCCAUGAAAGAAAAGCUUUACAAGAUGUCUCUGCUGGACAAUCUUAUUGCAAAAAAAGAUACACUGUCCGAGAGUGAGGAAGGUCUAAAGGAUAAGCUGAUUGCGGAGUUGUACUCUGCUUGA